GUGGCUGGCGGCACCGCCACCGCCACCAGCCGGAGGCCGGGCGUCCGCGCUUCUGCGGCAGGAAAGGGCAGCCGGGCGCACUAUACCCUCUCCUCCUCCCCGCCCUCCGUGCAGCUCGGCAGCCUUUGCCAAGAUGUCUCGGAAGCUCGGCUGCAACCCCUGGCUCCUUUUCACUGCGUGCGCCCACCUCUUCUUCCUUCUGCUGCUGCUCCGAACCCGGGCUUUUGCUCUAAGUGUAGUUCCUGAAGCUGCAGAAGAUGAGACUGAGCCACCAAUGCUGCAGAAGUCUGAAAAAAGUGUAAAAAUUAGUAAAAUAAGCAGAGAGUUAAAAGACAUUGUAUUUAUCAUCCAGAGUCAAAGUAAUUCUUUUCAUUCCAUGAGAUCAGAAGAUCUGAAGAGAGAUAUUUUACAGCAGGCUGCAGAUCUUGGAAAGGAAUUGCCUGUAGUUCUGCUUAUUCAUCAGAUGGACAGGCAUGAAGGUGCAUGGACAAUAUUACCAUUAUUGAGAGACUUCUCUGUUACCUAUGGUAAGAACUCCUCAUGGAUUUUCUUCUGUGAAGAAGAUACGAGAAUACGAGUUGUAAAGCUCCUUGAAACACUUGGAAGAUAUGACUGCUCUAAGGAGUGGUUUUUAGGUAAAGCAUUAUAUGAUGAAGAAUCUACAAUAAUUCACCAUUAUGCCUUUGCUGAAAAUCCUACAGUCUUUAAAUUUCCAGAUUUUGCUGCUGGUUGGGCACUUAGCAUUCCCCUUGUUAACAAGCUUGCAAAGAAGUUGAAAAGUGAACCACUCAAAUCAGACUUUACCAUAGAUUUAAAGCAUGAGAUUGCCCUCUAUAUUUGGCAGAAAGGGGAAGGACCACAUCUUACUCCAGUGCCUGAGUUUUGCACAGAUGAUGUGAGCUCACAGAGGGCUGACCAUUGUGCAACAACAUUCAGUAAUUUUUUGCCACUUUGUGGAGAGCCAGUGAAAAAGGAAGAUGUUUUUGUUGCUGUAAAAACAUGUCAGAAAUUUCAUGGAGACAGAAUACCAGUUGUAAAGCAGACUUGGGAAAAAGAAGCUGCCCUUAUUGAAUACUACAGUGAUUAUGCAGACAUCUCCAUUCCUACUAUAGAUUUAGGCAUACCUAAUACUGACAGAGGUCACUGUGGGAAAACUUUUGCCAUUUUGGAAAGGUUUUUGAAUAAUAGCUCUGCCAGAACUCCUUGGUUAGUCAUAGUGGAUGAUGACACACUGAUAAGUAUCUCCAGGCUCCGAAAACUGCUCAGCUGCUAUGACCCACAGGAACCAGUGUUUCUAGGAGAGCGUUAUGGCUACGGCUUGGGAACAGGAGGAUACAGUUACAUCACUGGUGGUGGAGGGAUGGUUUUCAGCAGAGUAGCUGUUCAGAAACUACUUACUAGUAAGUGCCGGUGUUACAGCAUGGAUGCACCUGAUGAUAUGGUCCUUGGGAUGUGUUUCAGUGGCUUGGGAAUCCCUAUAACACAUAGUCCACUUUUCCAUCAGGCACGGCCGAUGGACUACCCGAAGGACUACCUGUCUCACCAAAUUCCAGUGUCAUUUCACAAGCAUUGGAAUAUUGAUCCAGUGAAAGUAUAUUUCACGUGGCUUGCACCAAACACAGAAGAGUCAUUGAAAGGAAAGAAAGUUGGAUAUAACAGAGAGGAUUUAUAAAGACAAGAAUGGAAGUGUUGAUUAAUGUACUCCAGAUGAGAGACGGUCACUACUGUGAUUUUUGUGUUCAUCUUUUCAUGACAUGUAAGACAAUCUUUUGUUCCUUCAGAGCAAUGGAAGGUGACACUUAAUUGACUUUUGGAUUCUUUGUUACACGUGGUUUCUUUCUAAAAAGUUUUUGGGCUUUGUGUACCAUUGAAUCUGACACACAUUUUAAAUGUCUUGUGUAACUUGGUCUGUGUUCUGGUUUGGACUUUGAGUCACACCUCUUCAAUCAUCCUUCCUUUGUUCUCUCUAAAACUCAAGUGAUUUAUUUGAGAACCUAAUAUUGAGCAUGUUUCAAACAGCUGUUGAAAAUCAUCUCUCAUUGACCUACAGAAAAACAUUCUCUAAAGGUUCUUGAUAAAUCAGAGAGCAAAAUGGUGUGGAGGCUAUGUGCAUUUCCACUCAUUUCAGACAGAAAUAUUGUAGUUUCCUGGGAUAAAUGGACCAAGCAUAAACCACUGUUGUACCUUCACAUUUUUUAGCAUUUUUGAGAAAUGUUGUGCUCAAAAUGGGAGGUUAAGGACAGGGAUUUCCUUAGUGGCCACGGGAGGUCACUGUGGCUCCUUUAGAAACCUAAGUCACCGUGUAUCUAUUUGGCAAGUAUAAACGUGACUCUUAAGGUGUUCUGCAGAACUAACACUUCAGUAUUUCUGAUGUGUGCAUUUCAAUAGUAUAUGGAUGCUAGCUUUAAUAUUCUGUAGUAUUCCUAAUUUAUAUCAUCAAGAUAAGUGAUUUUAUGCAUACAACAUGUAAAGGCAGAUUCAUAUUUUAAAAGAUCUUGAUGUUUUUUUCUUUGAGUAAUUCAGAUUUGUAAAAAUGUUUGUACAAAAACUGGCUUUAGUGUGUUUUAAACUAAUUUUUAUACUGUAAAAUGGCUCCUUUUACGAUGACACUAUAUGGCAAUUGUAUGCUGUUAUUUGACUUGGCUUGCUAGAUUGUAACCAAAUACAGGGUCUUAAAGCCAUACUGCUGCAGUAAUUUUUUAUUUUGUUUUCCUUUAGUAGGUUAAAAACUGAUUCCACUACAAGGUAAUGCAAUAUUUCCUCUUGAGUCAAGGUAGGGGAGCCACUGAUUGCUGUUUCAGUAAUUACUGAGGUUGUAUAAAUAUUUGUUUGUGAAUAUAGCUUGUGGAAUUUUAAGCACUUGUAUAGCAAGCACAUAUUCAUAAUAGAUUCAAAUUCUGAUUAAAUGGGAGCAAUCCAUGUUACAUCUUUUUUUCUUCUCACUAUCAGUGCCUUAAACAGUAGACAUUUUACUGAUACCAGGACUAGUUCUCUGGUACAGUUGGUGGAUUGUUAAUUAUGUUUGCUGUUUAGAAACUGUGAGAGCUGAGAGCUGAAUAAAAACAUUC